AUGGAGCUUUGUGGAGGCAGCUUCAAAAACGUAGCGAAAUACAGACGCCAGGCGAAAAAAACUUCCGCCCUACGACCAGCCGUCUACAGAGCCAAUGUAUACUUUUUAUAUUACAACGGCCUUCUUAGCAGCAUCUUGAGGAGAGACCUUCUUGUCUUGAGUGAAUCUCUUUCUCUGAGGAGGAGUUCUGACUCUUCUGUCGACUCUGGAUCUGACUCUCACGAUUCUGGCGUGGAUGGCACAAGAAACACAGUAGUGCAACUUGUUGUACAACUUUGGCAAAGCGUACUCUUGGUACACAGAAGCCUCGGACAAGUCUCUGACGGCAGCAGCCUCAACCAUGUUUCUGAUGGUGACUCUCUUGAUGGCCUUGUCCUUUGGCACACAUCUGGCACAGUUCAAACAUCUGACUGGCUUGACGUGGCCUCUACCCUUCUUGUUUCUUCCGUUGGAAGCUCUCUUCUUUGGCAUGUUGCUGGAAUGCUCUCUCGUACAAUUGCACGCGUUGCCAGACAAAGCAGAACGUUGAGUUCGUCCAGAAUAGUGUUCUCCGCCACCAAGUUGGAGUCCAAGACCGCCACCAAGUUGGCCGAUGUCACGGGCCCCGACUCCUCGUUGAUCGGAGCUGGUGCCACGCCAGGCACCAUCCCCACCGACAUCGAUCAGGCCACUGGUUUGGAAAGAUUCGAGAUUUUGGGUAAGAUGGAGGGUGUCGACGUGUUCGACAUGGAAAACCCCAUUUUCGAGGGCAAGGGCACGAUGAAGGACCCAUACAUGGUGCCCACGUACAUUGGCUACCGUUACGUCGGCUGCAGAGGCCAUGACACCCAGGACCACAAGCCUUACUGGAUGAAGGUCGAGGAGGGUAACCCCGGCAGAUGCUGGCAAUGUGGCUCUGUGUAUGCCGCCAAGUACGUUGGUGAGCCAGGCCACCACCACCACUAG